UGGGGCUUGCUUUCCAACUGUCAAUUCUCACCAUCGCGACUGCCUCUCUCUCUCACAACUUUAUCUGCACGGCAGCCGAACCUUAAAUUGAUGACAAUGUAAUGCUGAUUUGGUAUCGCAACACAGAGCAUCCCUACCUCAGUUUCAAGAUCACUACACCUAUCUUGCUUGCUCGUCUUCACAUUCAUUUUCCUAUCUUUUCGGACGCAAGAGAAAAUGUCCGCCUCCGCGUCGGAAUCGCCGAAGAGCUUUCAUUACGAGUUCGAGACGUUGAAGGGCUACUUCGCGCAAAGUGAGGAUUCAACUGACGACUCUAAUUUCGAUUUUAUCAAAGAAGAGUUCGGGCUUCUGGAGCGAAAGUAUGAAAUCGACACUGAUGCUGAGAAAGAGCAAGGACAGUGGCGCAGGUUCGAAAAUCUUGUCAGGGACUUGAACAAGAAAAGUGGAGAGGGAGAGAGCGUCAAAGUACUUUUCUUAGGGAGACAUGGACAGGGUUUCCAUAAUGUAGCGGAAAGCAAGUACGGGACUAAGGCUUGGAAUUGCUAUUGGGCCAUGCUUGAUGGUGCAGACGGCGCUAUUUGGUCUGAUGCCCUUCUCACUGAAGUUGGUCAGGGUCAGGCAAGAGACGUGAAUGGUCUAUGGCAAGCGCUGCUUCCCAAGGGAAUCCCACCGCCGGAGACGUACUACAUCAGCCCGCUGACAAGGACGAUCGAGACCGCCGACCUGAGCUUCAAGGGACUUGAUCUUCCGCACGACAAGCAAUACCGGCCAUACAUCAAGGAGCUUGCGAGAGAAGCCUUGGGAGUUCACACUUGCGACCGCCGAAAAACAGCCUCUCAUAUCCUCAAGGCAUUCCCGCACAUCACGCUGGAACCGAACUUCUCCGAGCCUGAUGUUCUCUGGGAAGCGGACUACCGUGAACCUCGGUCAGCCCGCCAGUAUCGUCUGUCCCGAUUAUUGGACGAUAUCUUCGAGAACGACGACGGAGUCUUCCUCUCAUUGACAAGCCACUCGGGUGCCAUUAGGAGCAUCUUGGCAGCCAUCGGGCAUAGGACAUUCGAAUUACAGACAGGCGGAGUAAUUCCAGUGCUGGUCAAAGCACGAAGAGUAGAAGGGCCAAGAAGAAAGCCGCCAAAGGAGCCGAGUAGUGCGCCGCCAAAGUGCAGGGAGCCUCCUGUGGGUGUGUAGCUGUUAGCCAGCCUCGUGGCUAUGCUCGGCUGCUGCAUACUUGGAAUUGGGGAGAACCGGAUGCGCAUUGGAACAAGCAAUAACUAUAGACCCUCUAAACAAACUAGACGAUUCACGUACAGACCAUGUGGCCAGAUGAACCAGUGACGAUGAUUUGAGGUUACACCGCGGCGCCCUGUCUCCGUCUGCCCGCCGGGUGGAUGCGCUGACGAGUGGGAACGCGUUUCCGACACAGCAUGCAGGGCAGCGUGUUGUGCCUGACUUAAGAAGCCUUAGAUCCCGCCUCGGGUCCCCUGACGAACCUGCGAAUUGAACUUCUGUUUUGUAUCUGGUGAUUGCGAACGUCGUCGAGACGGCUAUAGCUUCGCCGAUAUCGCGACCGAACGGGCCCCACGUCCC